CUUCUCCCAGAUUCUUAUUCACAUCUGCUCCACGUUCCCCACGGCCCUCGGCUCACAAGCGUGUACAUAGCGCCCGCUGCGGUCCUGGUCGCAGUGCGGCACUCUCUCCGACUCGACGCGCCGCACCUCUUGCUGCUGCUGCCUUGCACAUCUCCAUGGCGUCCAGCCCCGCGCCCACGCCGGCGGCUGCCGAGCCGCCAGCGCCCAGCUCGUCCGACGCUGCAGCCGCUCCAGCAGCAGCGCAGCCGCCGACAGAAGCGCAGCAGCCGAGCUCAGACGGUGCGGCGCCCGGCACGCCGCGCCAGUCCUCGCCCGAUGCUGCGGGCCCUACGUCGCCGCCCGCCGCCGCCGCGCCGCCCUCCGGCCCACGCUCGCGCCGCGUCGCCGGGCCGUCGGCGACGGGCAAGGUGAGCAACAAGAAGAAGGAGGCGCUGGCACAGGUGCCCUGCAAGUUCUUCCGCUCCUCCAACGGCUGCUCGGCGGGCAGCGAGUGCGCCUUUGCCCACACGCAGGGCGGCGGCGCCAAUGGCGGCGCCGGCGCCGGCGGCCGCGGCAAGGAAGAGCUGGCCGUGUGCCAGUGGUUCCUCAAGGGCAACUGCCGCUUCGGCCACAAGUGUGCGCUCGCACACCUCCUGCCGGGCCAGCCGCCGAGUAUGGACCGCAAGAACAAGCGGGCGCAGCAGCUCGCUCAGCAGGAGCAGGCCGGCAUGGGCGGCGCUGCCGGCGGCCGCGAUGGCGCCGGCAAGCAGCGCGCUGAGCGGCGCAACGGCGGCGACGAUGCCCAGCGGCGAGGGCCGGGCAUGGCGGGCAUGCACGGCCAGGCGAACGGCAGCGGGCACGUCGGCGACGGCUACGACUCGCUCCUGGCGCAGCAGCCGAUGCGCAGCGCCAACGCCGGCCCGCCGGGCAUGCAGCGGCCACUCGUGCCGGCGAACCUGGCGCUCAGCCACGACCCCGCCGUGCUCUUCUCGACGGACAGCAACGGCGCCAUCCACCUGGACGGCUCUGGGCCGUCGGCGGGCGUGCCGCUGCACUUUGGCGCCGGCGGCCGGCAGCCGCCGCAUCUGAUGCAGCACCCUGGCGGCCUCUCGAUGCAGCAGCCCAUCGCCUCGAGCAGCGCAUUCGGCACGUCGCCGUUCAACUCGGGCAGCGGCGGCGUGUUUUUCAGCGGCAGCCACGAGCAGGGCGGCGCCGGGCCAUUUGCCUCGUCGGCGGGGCGCAGCUACGGCGACGGCAGCAAUGGCUUCUCGCGCUGGCGCAGCGAUGCCGACGGCCGUGCGACGGACGAUGAGGACGACGCGGAGGAGUCAGAGGAGGAGGGCGACCUGCUUAUCAACAAGGAGGACUUCCUGCCCUCCAGCCUCUCCGACCUGCUCACGCCUGCCGAGCUGUCGCGGCGGCGGCGCACGCAGGCCGGCUUCCUGCAUGCACCUGGCCAGUCGCUGCCCCAGGGCAUGGCUGCGGGCCUCUCGCGGCUGCACGCGCUGCCGCCGCCGAGCUCGGCCCAGGAGCCGUCGGCCGGCUAUGCCGGCUACAGCUUCGACUCCAACUCGGAGCAGCAGCACUUUGUGGCGCCGUCGAGCGUGCUGGCGCAGCGCGCCAACCCGCUGAGCCUGGCGAUGAGCAUGGGCCGCUCCGUCUCCAACGCCUCGCUCGACGCACACCACCACCAGUCGUCGUACGGCCUCUCGGCGUCGCCUGGCCCGGGCAUGGCGUUCCGCGGCGGCUCGUCGCCGCUGCCCGCCGAGGGCAACGGCAUUGCCAUCCACCGCGCCUCGGCCGGCGGCGUGCCGCAGCACCCUGGCAUGCACCGUCUGCGCACCGACACGGUGCGCCAGCAGCCGAGCCCCAUUGCGCUGCCGACGAUGGGCGAGGAGGUCGACGACGGCCUCUUCGAGCUUGAGUAGGCGCGGAAGGAGAAGAUCGUGUUGUGCGUGUCAUCCAGGUUUCCCCGGCGUUUGCUGCCACUUCAGUCUACAUCCCAUAGAGAGCGUCCAGUGUUGUACAGUAGUCGUCAGGAGAAGGAAUUGCAGAUGACUUGUGACCUCGC